UUAAUCUUAGACUAGCACAAUCAAAAUUAUCUUUAAAAGUUCUUUUUUUAUUCUUGAUUUUGGUUCAAGUAUUACCCCUAAAACCCCCUUAACCUAGUUUACCAAUAAACCAUAAAUUGUUGCACUAUCCUAAACCUUUGUGAAUUUAGCAAUUUUCUUUCAGAUUCCAAAACUUAGAAACUUUCUCUAGAUUACCCUUCUGUUAGUGAGACAUUGUUAUAGUGCAUAAUCUUUGCAGAACUCUUCCAAAGAUCUCUAGAUAAAUUCUUUCUCCUUAGGCAAAAUAUUAAAAAUUCCUAAAUAAUUCUUUUGGGCCGAAAUACUUUUCUCUCCGUUCCGGCCCUUCUCUCUGUCUUGGCCCAAAUCAGCCCACAGUCAAACCGCGUCGUCUUCCUCCUCCCCUGGGCGCCGCUGGAUUGGGCGCCAACGCCCACAGCCGACGCCGUGCCGUGUCCAUCUACCGCCGCCCACAACUCUCUGCUGCCGCCGUCGUCUUGCCUUAGACGCUAAGAAAUCGCCGCCCAAGGUCAGCGCCACCUCAGCUGCCGAGCCGAACCGCCUGCGCCGGCCAAUCGGCAGACAGAACCGGCGCCGUGUUCUUCUCCACGCCGCCAUCAUCGAGUCUUUCUCGUCUUCCUCCUCCGAACCGACCUUGGAGACCGACCAUCGCCGCCUAUAAAUAGCCGGCGAGAUCGUCCUUCCCUCCCCACAUCAGAGCUUGAAGCUCUCUUUUCUCUCUCUUCUUGCCAUGUCCGGCCAUGGCUGCCACCACUCGAUCUCCCUUAUCGGAGCAUUGCCGGCCAAGCCCUCGCGCUAAUACCUUUGCCUCGACGAGGCAAAUCCAUAUCCUAACUUUCCCCUUCCUUUCCCCCUCCGAGAUUAGCCACCACCGCCACCUCCCAUACCGGCCGGAGCUAAGCCCUAGCCAUCGCCGUUCCGGUCUCCUCCCUCUCCCUCUCCGCCAGCCACCGCCCUCCCAAGGUGCGUGUUUCUCGGGAACACCACCCGCCGCCGACGUCGCCGCCUUCCACCCGCCGGAGAGCCGGCGCCCCUCCUCUCCUUCUCCUCUGUUGCUCGGCUGGAAAGAGAAGAAAAGAAGAGAGAAAGAAGAAGAUGAGAGAAGGAGAGAGAAAAAGAAAAGAAAACGAAAGGAAGAUUGACAGAACCAACUGCAAGAACGGUCGCCUCAAAAGUGUUUCGCGAGGGCGUAUAUUGGCCUACGGUGCUGAAAGUCUGUGUUGAGCAGGCCAAAAAGUGCGAAGGCUGUCAGUGGCAUAGCCGAAGCCAAGCAACACCAAACUAUGAGCUGCAACCUAUCGCACUAGUCUGGCCUUUCGCCAGAUGGGUACUAGACAUCAUCGGCCCUUCCCGGUAGCGCGAAACGGGUACAAGUUUGCAAUAGUAGCGAUUGAAUUCUUCUCCCACUGGAUCGAGGCCAAACCGCUUGGUGCGAUCACUUCGGCAGCAGUGCAGAAGUUUGUAUGGAAGAACAUUGUUUGUCGUUUUGGAGUGCUGAAAGAAUUCAUCACUGACAAUGGCAAGCAUCCGACUUUGACAAAUUCAGAGAAAUGUGUGAGGGGCUAAACCUGGAAAUCAGGUUCGCUUCGGUCGCGCACCCACAGUCGAAUGGGGCAGCCGAACGUGCAAAUGGCAAGAUCCUAGAGGCGCUAAAGAAAAGGCUCGAGGAGGCGGUGAAGGGUAAGUGGCUAGACGAAAUACUAUCUGUUCUUUGGGCCCUUCGGACGACCCCCACAAGUCCAACCAAGUUCAGCCCGUUCAUGCUUCUCUAUGGUGACGAAGCAAUGACCCCAACAGAGCUAGGGGCUAAUUCACCAAGAGUGAUGUUUUCUGAAGACGAAGAUGGGCGCAAGGUGUCACUCGAACUCCUGGAAGGGGUAAGAGUCGAGGCACUAGAACACAUGCGCAAGUACGCUACAAGCACCUCGGCAACUUACAACAAGAAAGUUCGGCCGAUGGAACUAUUGCCUGGCCAUCUCGUCCUAAGGAAGAAGGCGAACCCAGUGGCGGUCAGAAAGCUCUAAUCGAAGUGGGAGGGGCCAUACCUCAUCAAACACAGGUCCAGGAUGAGCUCUUUUCGCUUGGCAACACUGGAAGGCAAAGAGUUCGACUACUCCUGGAACGCUGCUUCUCUUAAGCGUUUCUAUGUCUAGAAAAGGUGGCACCCUAUUUGCCAACUUGUAAAAAUGUACAUUUGUAUAGGCCAUUCGGCAUUUCUCGUUUUGUAAGCCCUUCAGCACAAAAAUGCAAAAAAAGAGAGGAAAAUUAAAAAAGAAAAAAAAAACUGGAUGUAGGGCUAUUAUCCAUCCCGGAGGCCCGAACCAAUAUAAAAUAUUUGUGCCUUUCGCCUUUUUACUUGUGUGAAUGAUAAUUCAUGGAAAAACCCCAAGGCAAACGCCUGAUCAGCGAAAACGCCAGGGGGGCAAAACGAAUCGGCCGAGGCAUCGCUCGCCGAACGUUGAAACCGCGACAGCUUGUUUCGGGAAAUAAAUAACCGAACACCGUUAUACUCGACUUGUGAGAAAACACAAGCACUUCUUCCAGCGCGGUACAACAUAGAUCGAAAGCAAAAGUCGAAAAGCUGAAAAGUCAACAGACCUAUUUCGCUAAUAUACACAAAGGGGCUGACAUGUUCCGACCUAACGAAAGCACGAAAAGUGAUAAUGCGAAUAAUAGCGAAAAGGAAAUAAAAAAAAUCUUUAUUAACACCAAACGAUAAGGAUACAUGCCAUACAACAUGGUACAGGCGAAAGAGAGUAACGGGCUUCAUAGCCUAGGUUACAAAAAAAUCACAUCUUCGCCCCCAAAACAACCACCACUCCCCGAGGAACGACUCGGCGAACUUGGUUCGUCGUCGCUACUAAUGUCAUACACUACCCUAAGGGGAGAAGGGGGCGAAACGCAAACUAUACUAUAACGGCGCUGGGCGAUCGCUUCCUGACGAUCGGUCCUCUGAUGGUUUCAUCAAAAGCGAACCAUAUCCUCUAGACGUUCCACAUGGACACGGUCGUAGUCGUCCAAGGUUCGCCCAGGGUGCGCUCGCAUCCAGCCGGCAACCUUCAAAACCUUAUAACUUUUACUGUUUAUUAUCAUUUCGCUGUACACAGGCCGAAACGGACAAUGGACCUUCGGCAAACACUUCACCGCCACGAAUUUCUCAUUCUUACUUCACCAAUUCCCAAAGGGGGGCCGAACACACAGUUUCCGGCGAAGACCCUGCUAAGGCAGUAUAGAAAGGGCAGAUGGAAAAACGCAAAGUUAAGACUAGGCGAAACACAUAGGAUAGGCAAAAAGUGUAAACCCUCUUUAGUAUGCGAAACGAUGCAAACAUACGUACCAAGGACAUCAAACAUAAUAAUUGACUAAACUUGGGUCAUCUGUUUCAUAUAUUAGAAAGACCGUUUUCGGCUACAAUACGAAAGGGGAAGGGCCAUUGGCCAAAUUUACACCGUUCGCCCACCACAGCAAACGCCAAAAGAAAACUACAAAAUCUAAAGAGCGGACGGAGGGCCUCACACCUCUGGGUGAUCUUGGGCAUCUCCUCCACCAUCUUCGGCCACUGCCUCUUCUCCCUGAUCCGCCGCCUCUGCCUUCGCCAAUUGUUCAAGCAGACGCGCAUUGGCAGUGGAUCGGCCGUCCUUUUGCCAGAACUGCUUGCGCUAGGCACGAAGCGCGGGCAAAACAUCUUGACAGCUGACCUCCCAAUCCUCCUUCGCAAAAUUCGGGAAUUCGGCGACGUGUUCGCACCCGAACUGCUGCAAUAGGCCCAUGGUGAAGGCCGCCGACACACGCGCACAGCAAUUGCCGUACGCGGUGGCGCAAUCCGAGACCGCCCCGCCGGCCUGUUGAUUUCACUCCGAGAAGUCAAAAGCAGAGGCAUCUUCGCCAGGGACUCCUCGUACCCUCGCCCCCAUAUCAGUGAGGGCAAGGCGAAGCGUACGGCACGCGGUUUUGGCAGACACGGUGGCUUUCGCCAUCUCUUGCGCGAACCGUUCCGCCUCUUUUUCAGCGCUCACCUCCGCCUUUAGGGCCUUCUGGCGAAGAGCCUCCAUCUUCGGCUCAGUAAGGUUAUAGUACUCAGCCAAGGCGGCGGAUUGAUCCUUUUCCUUUUGGAGCUCAGCCUUGAGUCGUUCGAUCUCGGCGUUCGCCUCGCUCCCCUUCUCCAGCUCGGCUUGGAGCCGCUUAUUUUCAGCCUUCGUUUCUUUGAGGGUGUUAGCGAGGCCCUCCAUCUCCAAGCUCUUGCGGCCCAGUUCGUCAUCCUUUCCUCGAAGACGGUUCUUCAAUCCAUCAAGACGAGCCCGCAUGGUUCGCUCUAUCGAACAAUGGGCCGCAAGAAUCUGGUUCAAAAAAUAGAGGGGGCGAACAGGGCGAGCGUCAGAUAUAAGAUUGUCAAAAAAAACGACGAGGGAAAGGGAAGUAAAACGAACAAUAAACCCGGACUGCCAAGCUUUUGAUGGCAGAACACCCUUCGUCGAACUCGUUCAGUUCGGCGAACAAGCUCGGGCUACCAGCCGGUGAGACAAGAUUACUUACCCCCUCGACGAAGGGGAUAAGCUCCGCCCGAGUUUCAAAAUCACUGGGGGCGAAGUGGGGCGCCGCAAGAGAAUACUCUGAGGCUGAUGUUUUGAGUGGUGUAGCCAUGAGUCUCGGUGCGGUUGUCGACCACCUCGUCCGCAGCCUUUUCAGCCGCAACUUCCGCCUCCCCUUCGUCCUCCCCUUCCUCUUCGCCGUCAUGGUCCUCGAUGUUAUCUUCAUCAUCGGCAUCAAAGUCGGAGGAGGUGGGGGCCCUUCGCUUCCGAGGGGCCAGCUUCACCUGCCCACGCAUACGCUUCCUGGACAUCCCCUCAUUGCCAUCGGCCUUGAAGGGUUUCGCCCGGGGUGGACGAUCGCCAUCAUACACCCGAUUCGCCCGGCCAGCCGCCUGCCGCGUGAGUAGUUGGCUGUACUCAGUGACCGACACAUCGUCGAUCAUCCUACGGGCUUCAGUAUCGGCCUGAGCAAGAGUCAGCACUGCGAAAACAAACGUGUCAUAACAUCAAGCGUCGAACAAAAAAAAGGAGGGGUGAAACACAAGUGCAUUUAGGAAAGUAGAGACACUGUUCGCCCCCUCAGGCAUAACAAGCUUUGGCAAGCCGUCGACCUCCUCGUCCUGGUUCAUCUCGACCUGCCACGACUGGGAGAGAGGGAAAAUCCGAAGCAUGCAGAAUUCCUCCACUAGGUCGCGACAGCUAAGGCGAGAGCAGACCUUGCGAAGAAGGGCAAACCGGGCUUCCAUGGCGCCAUCGACAGCGACCUUGGGUUUCCUGCUUGGCGCAAUCGCCCUGCGCCGCCAUCGGAGGGCCUUCGCCGCGUCGGAUCCAGCCUCGAAGGGGAUGGAGUGGUAGAACCACUUUGACAUCCACUGGCAAUCCCACUUCGACAUAGCGGCGUUCACCGGCCAAAGAUCGGAGCACUCGGGGCGAACAUUAAAGUUCACACUCCUGAACGCUAUUUUCUUCGUCCCAGCCGGAGUGACCACUGUCUUCGAAUUCACGGUGGCGUAAAAAAUGGCGCCGAAAAGCUCGGUGCUUGGUUCGAACCUAGAGGUCCGGCACGCCCAGUCGAAGAUGGCGAUUCUGACAAGAGCCGAUAGGCUCAGUUGGGGAAGCUCCACCUGGAAAAGGCGAAGAAUCUCCGGCAACAACUCGUUGCAUGGAAACCGAAGGCCGGCCUCAAAAAACACGGCGAACACCACCGUCCGGUUGUCGCCAGGUUUCGGCACAAUGGCCUUUCCUGGAGCAAAGGCCUGCUUUUCCAACAGCACGUUGGAGGCCACCAGCUUCGCCAACUCUUCUUCGUCCAUAAGCGAAGCGCCCAGAUAGGUGGUGGUGUCGUCGUAUAUCCUACCGGGAUAGGGACCUGUAACAGAGGCUGGGUUUAGCUUACGAGGGGCCAUGGCGAAGGGUGAGGGCUGCGUCUAAAAGGGAAACGGUCGAAAGGUGUAACGACCUAAAGAUCGUUCUGAGGGGAGAGAAAAGAGAAAGAACGCGUGGUGAAAAUGACAAGGGGACGGCGGUGAAAAAGAGGGGGGAGGGGAAUAUAUAACCCGCCCAGGCGUCGGUUCGCCUCCCAAACCAAUCAUGGGCCGCCACAUGUCAAAAGGGUGGGCGAAACGGUAAAUUCCCAUUGGCCGCGCCGCACAGUAGUGAGCCCACGAAGGCAAGCCCAUCACUGUUCAUUCUGGCCCAGUGAAAGAAUAAGCACGACUUCGCUGCUUACAAAAGACGAAAGCUACAAAACUUUACUAAUAAAAAUACAUUUACACGCAACACGCAUUCUUUGCAGGACUACAAUACAGGUUUCGGCUGGAGCAUCGGUCGAAAGGGGGCACCUCAUACCAUACAACAUGGUUUGCACGGUCUCGGCCGAAGCUCCUAUCUCACCCUUGCCUGUGAGGGGCUUGUUGGUGGUAUGUCAUGAGACCCUCCGACCAGACCUGCCAAAACCAAGUAACCAGCAAGACUUCAAGCCCAAGGCGGCAAGCUCAUCGGGGCGAAGCCCACAUGGCGAAGACUAUGGAGCAAAGACAGCGAAGGGCGAAGAAUCGCGUUGGUAUCCCGCAGGUCAGAAGGCAUCUCGGGCAAAGACCAGGUGGCGAAGGGGUGCAUGCCGUAGGGUAACUUCACCAUGACAAGUCGAGCUUCGGGGAGGCCCAAGGGGAUAUCCCGGUCGCUCUAAGCCCAUUGGCCAUUGGGCCAGCGUUCGCCAAUCGGCCCAGUGGAGGCCCAUGUAUCUCAAUUACGCGGUGUGCCCAUGUAAAUGUCCCUUUAAUGAGGGCAACCAUGUAAAUUCCCCUGUAAAACCUAAACCCUAAUAGGGGGACCUGUAAUAGGACUAUAAAUAGGCCCCUAGGGGCAUGUAAUAGGGGAUCCCAAGAAAAAAUCUCGAAUAUACACACUCAUCGUUCCCAACAA